AUGGCAGGAGGUGUUGUCGCAACAGGAGGUGGAACCCACCACGAAGGAAAGAUCACAUUAUUCGUCAUAGUCACAUGCAUUGUUGCCGCCAUGGGAGGCUUACUCUUUGGCUAUGAUCUUGGCAUCACAGGAGGCGUGACUUCCAUGGACCAAUUUUUACUCAAAUUCUUUCCCAAUGUUUACAUCCAAAUGAAAGACCAAUCCGGUGUUCAUCAUCACAGUCAAUACUGCAAAUUCGACAAUCCAUUGCUCACAUUGUUCACGUCUUCUUUAUAUCUCGCCGCAUUGGUUGCUUCUUUCUUCGCUUCCUCCAUAACAAGAAUCAUGGGCCGCAAGAUUUCUAUGUUUAUCGGCGGAAUCUUCUUUCUUGUUGGUUCCUUGUUAGACGCUUUCGCCGUCAACGUUGCCAUGCUUAUCAUCGGUCGUUUGUUGCUUGGUUUUGGUGUCGGAUUUUGCAAUCAGUCUGUUCCGUUGUACUUAUCCGAAAUGGCGCCUCCGAAGAUUCGAGGCGCGCUUAACAUCGGAUUUCAAUUGAUGAUCACAAUCGGAAUCUUAAUCGCGAAUCUCAUCAACUACAAGCUUGCCAAGAUUAAGAAUGGAUGGAGAUUUUCCUUGGGAAUAGGGGCAGUUCCGGCAAUUAUUUUGUGUUUGGGAGCAAUUUUCUUAGAUGACACGCCAAACUCCAUGAUCGAAAGAGGCAAACAAGAGAAAGCUAGAAAAAUGUUGCAACGAAUUCGCGGCAUUGAUAAUGUGGAUGAGGAGUUUCAAGAACUUGUGAAUGCAAGUGAGGAAGCGAAAAAAGUGGAUAAUGCAUGGAAGAAUAUUAUAGAAGCAAAAUAUAGGCCUCAACUUGUUUUUUGUUCGUUGAUUCCAUUCUUUCAACAAUUCACUGGGAUCAAUGUGAUUAUGUUCUAUGCGCCCGUUCUUUUCCAAACUUUAGGGUUUGGGAGUAAUGCUUCUCUUAUGUCUGCUGUCAUCACCGGUGGAGUCAAUGUUGUUGCCACCAUUAUUUCUAUAUUUUCUGUUGACAAAUUUGGAAGAAGGAUUUUGUUUCUUGAAGGUGGCAUCCAAAUGUUGCUUUGCCAGAUUGCGGUUGGAGCUAUGAUCGCUAAGGAGUUUGGGGUGAGUGGUGUAGGUUCAUUUAGCAAAGGAGAAGUGAACCUUCUUUUGUUCUUUAUAUGUGCAUACGUGGCAUCAUUUGCAUGGUCAUGGGGCCCACUUGGAUGGUUGGUUCCCAGUGAAAUAUGCUCUCUUGAAAUAAGAUCCGCAGGACAAGCCAUCAAUGUUUCGGUUAACAUGCUCUUCACUUUUAUCAUAGGCCAAGUUUUUCUCAUGAUGCUUUGUCACUUGAAAUUCGGUCUUUUCUUCUUUUUUGGCGGUUUUGUAGUUAUCAUGACUAUUUUUAUUGCAUUCUUCCUUCCUGAGACAAAGAAUGUCCCAAUUGAAGAAAUGAAUAGUGUGUGGAGAUCACAUUGGUUUUGGGCCAGAUUCAUUCCUCAAGACAUGGUUAAUAGCCAUGCUCAUCUUCAGGAUCUUUAG